UCAUGUGAUGGCGCUUCCGCGGAGGCUGCUGUUGACACAGUGGUAGCGCGUUUAGGAGAGGCGAAGUCUCCGCGCAAGGGAAGGAGUCUGACGCGACUGCGGAGGGACCGAGGCCCGACCCGUUUCCUAUCGGUGGACGGUGAACUCUGAGAGGAGACUGGGGCUGAGGAAGUUGGCGGAGCGCCGGACGCCAUGGGUUGCUGUUACAGCAGCGAGAACGAAACCGCGGAGCAGGUAGACGACCCCGAUGAGCAUAAGCCACUUAUACCCCACCCCAACCCUGACAGCAAACCCCUGAAUGGCACAGAAUGGAGCACUGCUAAUGUCCCUUCAGCACGUACAGAUGAACAGGCCCUACUAACAUCCAUCCUUACCAAGACAGCACAGAACAUCAUUGAUGUCUCAGCUGCUGACUCUCAGGGGAUGGAGCAGCAUGAAUACAUGGAUAAAGCACGGCAAUACAGUACAAAGCUGGCUGUGCUAAGCAACAGUCUACCCCAGAGGAAGGCACACCAUCUCCCAUCCCUCACAAGCCAACCCCACCAAGUGCUGGCUAGUGAUCUGGUACCAUUCUCAGAUGUCAAGCAGGUAUCCAAGAUAGCAGCUUAUGCCUACAGUGCAAUCUCUCAGAUCAAGGUGGAUGCAAAGGAAGAGCUUGUAGUUCAGUUUGCCAUUCCCUGAUUCUGUCCCUCUUGACAUUAUAUUAUCCCCUCCCAUCCCUCUGUCGCCUCUGCCCAUUUGCCUCCCCAGCUCACCCUGUGCACUAGCAUCUUGGUCGCUGUUCCCCUUAGCUAUGCCUCUAGCAGCCUCAAAGACUGAGACAAUUGCAACAGUACUGCAAAUUGCACCCUAUGGCUAACCCUAUAUUGUGCUUCCUGCUGGGUCAAUGCUAACCCUCACUGGCAAGUGGGCAAUGGGGAAAUGGUUAGGGUGUGAUCAGACAUUUUCAGUAAAACCUCCUCUCCACGUAAAGACUUAAUCACAGCAUUCCUUCCACCUGAAAAAGUCCUCGCUCAUCUACUUUUAUGAUCUGCCUAUUUAAGAAUUUCAAAGAUGUCUAUCAAGUAAAGGUUCAUCAGAAGUUUGUUGUUUAUUAGUUUUUUUUGGUGUUUUUUUUUUCUUUUUGGGGGAAUGAGUAAGACUUGCUUAGGUUUGCCUAAGGCGAGGCUUCUCUGGUGUGUGAAGUCAUAUAAGCCAGGCAAACGGGGCCUAGCAGUGGAAGAAUGUACACUCGCCAAGAAUGCAGCUGGUGCCAAAGACUUUAGGUACCAGACUGACAUGGCCAUUCAAAUAUUUACUUAAUAUAGUUGGAUUUAAUUAGGAAUACAAGGAAAAGGAAAAAUGAAGAGUGGAUAGUAUCAAUAUGAAACACAACAAGCCUAAAAUGGGUAAAUGAAAUGGCGGUGCCGUGUUUUGCCCACCUAGCAUGAAAAAGUAUUCACCUGAGUGAUAAAUUCUUACUGUGUGUGUGUGUCGUGCCAUGUUUCUGUUGUCCUGUAAUUAACACUAUUCACAACUCAUUCUUUCCCCAAGCACAACAGAAGACUGAAAACUUGGCAUCAAAACUAGGGUAUUGUGUACUACUUUUGUAGUCAAGCUGUCUUUGUAAUUUUGGAAGUUGUUAUAUUUAAUGGCCCUGUAAUUACAAUUGAUGAUACAGGAGUCUGCCACGCUACCCUGUUUAUCAUGCUUUAUCAUGACAACUUGACGAAAAUAUUAAACUGAAGUCAAAAUUGAAUCCCUCAGAGCUUACGAGUGAAUCUGGUUUCCAUCCUAUAAAUUACAUAGAAAAGUCAAAUGGCUUGGGUUGGUUUCUACAGUUAAGGCCAAUUAAUGAAUGACCUUUUCAAGGUGUGAGGGCCGAUGCUCUCCUCUGCUGGAUGAGGACACAAAAGCAAGCAGGGAGCACAGGGUGGGACGGGGGCAUAUCACUGGGGAGCGAGCCCUCUCAGGAGAGUAACAUGCCUCCUUUUGCCAUGUUAUACAACAAAAACUACUUUUGUUGUUCAACCCUCUCGUUUAAUACCCGGGAACUUAUUUAAUAUUAACAGAGGCAUUUGGCAGAGGAUUGGGUGGGGGCGAUGUCGGGGCGUAGACGGCGUGUGUUGAGGCCUUUGUACAGAAUUUUGUGAGUCAGUCAAAAAAAGGGGAGAUGGAGUGAAUGAUGCACCACAUCGUUGCUUUUAUUGCUUAGAAUUGUUAAAUGUUUUGUGCUGAUUACAAAGGUUUUUAUGAACUGCAAGGACACUUAACACCAGAGUUGGUUUGCUUUUUAAACAAAGCUUUUUAAACAGUGUUUAGCUGCAGAAUGUAUGAUUGACAUCUCAUAUUAAUCAGAAACUAACUAUUGUAGCAGUGUGGGAGAGCGUUAACAAUCCAUGUCCCAUCACAGAUAAAAUGAUCCAAGACUUUUAUUGUGAUUAUUUAUUUGUGUUUUAAAUGUGUCUUGCUCUUUGGACGAGAGCGUGUGUGUGUGUGUGUGAGUGCGUGUGUAUGUGUGUCGGGGUGUGUGUGUGCACGCGCAUACACAUACAGGUGAGGGGAAAGGUUUGCCCCUCUUGGGUUUGUAAAGGGACUAAUUGCAACGCUGUAAUUAAUUUCCAACCAGACAUUUUAAUUUGAGCUUUUUGCAGUGUGCUCUUGGCAUUUUGUUCUUGAUUGUUACGCAAAAUGUUAUACUACCUGAAUAUGUUUGUAUUUUCUUAGGCUAGCACCAAAAGAUUUAAUAUUGUUUUAUUUUUUUCCCAGUUAAUGCAUUAAAGACUUUAAAAACGA